AUGUCUGAGGGAUUGCUCCGGCUUGUCACCCACACUUCAGAAAAUCGCUCUCUCCGGAAGGAGGCACUUUGUCCUGGAAUAAUGCCUUCUCUUCCCAACCCUGAUAAAAUUAUUUUUUUUAUAAAUGGAAGAAAGGUAACAGAGGAGAAUGCUGAUCCUGAAACACCUCUACUGCACUACGUGAGGACAUUCCACCACCUCACCGGCACAAAAUAUGCUUGUGGAAGUGGGGCCUGUGGAGCCUGCACAGUGAUGGUGUCAAGAUACGACCCCAAGACCAAGAAGAUCCACCAUUAUCCAGCUACAGCUUGCCUGUUGCCAGUUGGCUCUCUGCAUGGGGCUGCUGUCACCACAGUGGAAGGUGUCGGAAGUAUCAAGACCAGGAUUCACCCUGUGCAGGAAAGACUUGCCAAGUGUCAUGGUACGCAGUGUGGAUUCUGCAGCCCAGGGAUGGUGAUGUCCAUCUACACACUACUAAGGAACCACCCAGAGCCAACCCCUGAACAAGUAACAGAAGCUCUUGGAGGUAAUUUGUGUCGCUGUACUGGAUAUCGACCAAUUGUAGAAAGUGGAAAAACAUUUUGUGUGAAAUCAACUGUUUGUCAAAUGAAGGGAUCAGGAAAAUGCUGCAUGGAUCAAGAAGAGAGCUCCUGUGUGAAUAAACCAGAGAAAAUAUGCACAAAAUUGUAUGAUGAAAAUGAAUUCCAGCCCUUCGAUCCAACCCAGGAACCUAUAUUCCCUCCUGAACUAAUAAGAAUGGCAGAAGAUCCAAACAAGAGAAGACUGACAUUCCAAGGGACGAAGACCACCUGGAUCAUACCUGUGACCUUGGAUGACCUUCUAGAACUGAAGAUCACUUUCCCCUCGGCCCCCAUCAUCAUGGGAAACACUGCAGUGGGACCCAGUAUUAAGUUCAAAGAUGCGUUCUAUCCAGUUUUCAUAUCUCCAGUUGGGCUUCCAGAACUAUGUUUUGCAGAUGCCACUGAUAGUGGAGGAGUGACAAUAGGUGCAGGCUAUAGCCUGGCCCAGUUGACUGAUACCUUACUUUUUACCAUUUCGGAGCAACCAAAGGAGAAAACUCAGACCCACCGGGCUCUCCUGAAGCAUCUGAGGACACUCGCAGGACUCCAGAUUAGGAAUAUAGCGACUUUAGGAGGACAUGUGGUGAGCAGGCCUAAUUAUUCUGACCUAAAUCCUAUUUUAGCUGCAGGAAAUGCUACCAUCAAUCUGAGGUCCAAAGACGGAGAACGGCAAAUUGCUAUAAAUGGCCAAUUCCUUGAGCGAGUACCUGAAGCUGACCUUAAAUCAGAAGAGAUUGUGUUGUCUGUUAAUAUUCCCUAUUCCACUCAGUGGGAAUUUGUGGCAGGGCUCCGGCAGGCUCAACGACAGGAGAAUGCUUUUGCCAUCGUUAAUGCUGGGAUGAGUGUGACGUUUGAAGAAGGCACAAACACUAUUAAGGACCUUAAGAUGUUCUAUGGCAGCGUGGGGCCCACCGUGGCCUCUGCUCCUGAAACCUGUAAGGAGCUCACUGGGAGACAAUGGAAUGACCAAAUGCUGAGUGAUGCCUGUCGAUUGGUGCUGGCUGAGAUUCACAUCCCCCCAGACGCCGAGGGUGGCAUGGUGGAAUACAGACGAACCCUCAUCAUCAGUUUACUCUUUAAAUUCUACCUCAAAGUGAAGCGAGGACUGAACAAAAUAGAUCCACAGAAGUUUCCAGAUAUCCCAGAAAAAUUUGUGAGUGCCCUGGAGGAUUUUCCCAUAGAGACGCCCCAAGGGCUUCAGAUGUUUCAGUGUGUGGAUCCCCAUCAGUCCCCACAAGACCCAGUUGGCCACCCAGUCAUGCACAAGUCAGCCAUCAAACACACCACAGGGGAAGCUGUAUACUGUGAUGACAUUCCCCCUGUGGCCGACGAACUCUUCCUGGCUGUCGUCACCAGCACCAGAGCACAUGCAAAAAUCAUGUCAAUUGAUACUUCAGAAGUGCUGGCACAUCCAGGUGUUGUCGAUGUAGUAACAGCAGAAGAUGUUCCUGGAGAUAAUAACCAUAGUGGAGAAGUUUUAUAUGCACAAAAUAAGGUCAUUUGUGUGGGUCAGAUUGUCUGUACGGUAGCUGCUGAUACCUACCUUCAUGCAAAAGAAGCAGCUAAAAAAGUGAAGAUUGCUUAUGAGGACAUAGAACCGAGGAUUAUAACAAUAGAGCAAGCCCUAGAACACAAUUCAUUUCUUUCUGGUGAAAAAAAAAUCGAGCAAGGAAACAUAGAUGAAGCUUUUAAACAUGUGGAUCACAUCAUUGAAGGUGAGGUCCACGUGGAAGGACAGGAACAUUUUUAUAUGGAAACGCAAAGUAUCCUGGCUAUCCCCAAACAAGAAGAUAAAGAAAUGGUGUUACACCUGGGAACACAGUUUCCAACUCAUGUGCAGGAAUUUGUGGCUGGAGCACUAAACAUCCCAAGGAAUAGAGUGGAAUGCUGCAUGCGGCGAGCUGGGGGAGCGUUUGGGGGCAAAGUGAGCAAGCCCUCACUGCUGGGCGCUGUCUGUGCUGUGGCUGCCAACAAGACUGGCCGCCCAAUCCGGUUUAUUCUAGAGCGUGGAGAUGACAUGCUGAUAACUGCUGGCCGCCACCCUCUCUAUUGUAAAUACAAAAUUGGCUUCAUGGAGAAUGGUGUCAUCAAAGCUGCUGAUGUUGAAUAUUACGUCAAUGGAGGAUGUACUCCUGAUGAGUCUGAGAUGGUGGUAGAGUUCCUUGUGCUGAAAUCUGAAAAUGCCUAUCAUAUUCCUAAUUUCCGGUGCCGGGGCAGACCUUGCAAAACAAAUUUGCCAUCCAACACUGCCUUCCGAGGAUUUGGCUACCCCCAGGCCACGGUAGUAGUGGAAGCCUACAUAAAUACAGUGGCAGCCCAUUGCAACUUACUCCCUGAGGAGGUUAAGGAAAUAAACAUGUUUAAGAAACUUAGCAAAACAGCCUAUGGGCAGACAUUUAAUCCAGAGCCCUUGAGAAGAUGCUGGAAAGAAUGCCUGGAGAAAUCUUCAUUCCAUGCUAGGAAACAGGCUGCAGAGGAGUUUAACCAAAAAAAUUACUGGAAGAAGAGGGGACUUGCUGUAAUCCCCAUGAAAUACACCAUUGGCAUCCCCAUAUCCUUCUACAAUCAGGCUGCUGCGCUAGUCCACAUCUAUCUAGAUGGCUCUGUCAUGGUGAUUCAUGGUGGCUGUGAAAUCGGACAAGGCCUCUACACUAAAAUGAUUCAGGUAGCUAGUCGAGAACUGAACAUCCCUGAGUCAUACAUACACUCAAAUGGAACCAGCACUGUUGCUGUGCCCAAUGCCGUCUUCACAGCAGGGUCGAUGGGGACAGACGCCAAUGGAAGGGCUGUGCAGAAUGCCUGCCAAAUUCUUAUGGCCCGCCUUCAACCCAUCAUCAGGGAAAACCCAGAGGGGAAAUGGGAGGAGUGGAUUACAAAAGCCUUUGCAGAAUCCAUCAGUCUCUCAGCUACUGGAUAUUUCAAAGGCUACCAGACAAACAUGGACUGGGAGAAGGGGAAAGGAGAAGCGUUUCCAUACUUCGUGUAUGGAGCAGCCUGCUCUGAGGUUGAAGUCGACUGUUUGACUGGAGCUCAUAAGCUUCUGAGGACUGAUAUCUUCAUGGAUGCUGCUUUCAGCAUAAACCCAGCCAUCGACAUUGGACAGGUUGAGGGAGCAUUUAUCCAAGGAAUGGGCCUUUAUACCAUAGAAGAACUGAAAUACUCUCCAGAAGGGGUGCUUCUUUCUCGGGGGCCAGAUGACUACCAAAUCCCCACCGUCACUGAGAUUCCAGAGGAGAUCUAUGUCACCUUAGUGCAUUCCCAAAACCCCAUCGCCAUCUACUCAUCUAAGGGCUUGGGUGAAGCUGGAAUGUUCCUGGGAAGCUCCGUGUUGUUUGCCAUAUAUGACGCUGUGACUGCUGCCCGCAAAGAGAGAGGACUGACGAAGAUCUUCCCCAUGAACAGCCCAGUGACUCCUGAGCUGAUUAGAAUGACUUGCAUGGAUCAAUUUACAGACAUGAUUCCUAGAGAUGACCCUUCAACAUUUACACCCUGGUCAAUCCAUGUGUCUUAA